AUGGACACUGCUCGACCCAGGAUUGCAAAACAAUCCGAUCCCUUGCCUCUCAUCUUGAGAUGGUACUCUGUCCUACCCCUCACGGUCCUGUACCUAGCACCGGCCAUUGGCAUCGUGGCAUUCUGGGCUGCAGCUGGGACCAACGGACGGUAUCACAUAUCAAACCAAUUGGUCGGCUGUAUUCUCGGCACCCCGGAGAUUUUUCUUGUUCCUGCUCUACUCUACCAGCUCAUAUUCUGGUGCCAGUGUUGGGAACUCGACCUAUUGAAAGAUUCGAUGACAGAGAGGCUAACAUCAGGAGAAGUCUUGCCCCGUAUUAUAUAUCUACAGCGACCGGCCUACAUGUCCGUCACAGCAGCCGUGAAACUGAUGUUUCUUGUCACUGAUGGACUAUACCAUGUUUUGAGCAAUGUGAUUGUCAGCGUUGAAGCCACACGAUCAGCCAGCGACCUUCAUGACUUGGGAGGUUCAAGAAACCAAGGAACAGGAGGCUGGAGCUUGAGGCUGCGAUUAUGGCCUGCCUUGUUUAUCCUUUCCAGUCACAUCAUUGGUGCCCUCUACAUACUUUGGACGACUUGUAAGCUCUGGAUUGUCUUAGCUGACCAGAUGGAGGUUUCCGACUUAACAAGCUUCUAUGAGGGCGAGCAAGAACUAUUGAAAGAGCCUCUGAGUCAAAAAUCUAAGAACGAGAAACUUCUGCACGGGCUUUCAGAAAAAUCACGCGAUAGCGGAUUUCCAGAUCACCGUCCAACACCACCCGAUAGCCCGACCCCAACAGAUAUGAUGGGGCAUCCACAAUCUUCAUUUGAGGAGCUCGAAGAACGAAUCAAUGGGACUCAACCAAGAUCGCGCUCUGCGGCCCCAGCACGGCUUGUGACUUGGAAGUGUUCUUGUGGAUCGAGCCUGUCAGACUGGUAUACAGAGAUCACACCAGGGAGCUUGGAGUGCCUGCAAUCACAGCUGCGAGAAGAGGCUUCCCCGUGUGCCAGCCGGCUCGGACUAUCGUGGCCAGACUUAGGAGCCUGGAUCUCAUCCAAACUCACGGCAGGUUCGUUUUCUGCGCAACAAUCGACCAAUACAACGCAGGGGCCUGCGGCACCCACGUCUUCUUCAGCCGGGCUUCGAUCCCAGACUCAUACUCCCAGCUCCAUCCCCGGAGGUCCCGUGCAGGUUCCCUCUCAACCUCUAUCUUCCCCUGUAAACUUCAGUUCACAAGGGCAAACCGCAGCUUCGCUGGUCUGUUAUCUCCUCUUGUGUAUUCCCGAAAAGUUAUCUGGCUUCAGACUCUACCACCAACAGCUUCUACAAACACCAGGGUCAGCUCGGCAUCCCAAUUACGUGGUCAACGACCAACAACUCUUCCAGCUGUUGCGGCGAAAGUAUGCAACCGAGCGGAGCAUUGGCUUCUCGCAGUUUUGGCCAAGGACAGUGAUACGGGUAUCACUAGCUCAUUUUCUUGUGGAUGCUUCGGACUUUGUCGACCUGAGACACUAUGCGUGCCACGGGGCAAGUGCCGAUUGCAAAUGCAUUCCACCUGCCAACGACAACCUGUAUCAUUGCACUCCUCGCCCGUCGCCGUAUACUCCUCCCAUCGGGACAAACUACCUUACGCACCUCUUUCAACACCCGGAGUGCAUCAAUAAAGUAAGUACCCGGGUUCUCAACCAGGUUCCCAAACGAUUCGGUCAGUGUAUCGCCACCACUGGAGCCGAGGCGGUCGAGGCAUGGGGGAUGGAGUUUGAAGAAGGUUGGGACCGCGACCGGCUCAAGAACGCUAUAUUGCUCGUCAUCGCUGCAACUCUAGUGUUUGGGAUUCUUUGGGCCGUUCUGAAGCACGACAUACAGGGUGCGUGUGGCAUAGCGGCCUUCUUCAUGUCGGCCGUCGCGACCUUCGGCGGAUACAUGGCUUCCAAGGAGCCAAGGAUCUCUCAUAGGUGA